UCAAUUAAUCAUUUCCGGUUCACUUCCGGAUUUAGUGUUCAGAUUUUUUCAACAGCAAUUCGCAAUAUUUAAUGUAUUUAUUUGCAGUUUAAAAUAUGGAAAACAAUUGAAAAAUUAAAUUAAAGAUUAAGUUAUUUUUUAAUAAAUCCACAAUGUCUGAUGUCAAUGUGGUAGUUGUGGGUGAUAACAAUGCAGGAAAGACAUCACUGUGUGUCACAUUCUCCACUGGGCAGUUUCCCAGUCUGUUCACGCCCAUGGAGUGUAAUCGUACACCACAUGAGAAGGACCUCACUGUUGGGAAUGAGACGGUUCAUGUGAAGUGUACCGACACGGAAGGCCAUGAAGACUUUGAUGACUCGAGACCCGAGUCUUAUGAGGGAGCAGACGUGUUCUUGCUGUGCUUCUCCCUGUCCAGUCACAAUCAGCUGAAAAGCGUCAAGACAAGAUGGAUUCCAGAACUGCGUAAAUACAAACCACACACGCCCAUACUGCUGGUGGGCUGCAAAGAAGAUGAAAGGCGUGGCAAAGAGUCAAGCAAAGACAAAGUGUCCAAGAGCCAGGGAGCCAAUAUGAGGAGUGCAAUAAAAGCUGCAGGCUAUGCAGAGUGCAGUGCCUUGAAGAAGUCUGCUGUGGAGGAGUGCUUCCUUCAGGCCGUGAAGAUUGCCAAAGGUCAGGCAACAUCCAGUGGAGGUUGUUGUUGUGCUAUAUUGUGAACUUGCGAGGGUAAACGUCAUUUUUUAAGGUCCAGAGGUGUCAAAGUUCAGAAUUAUUCCUGAAUUCAGGAUUUAGGCCCUCAAAAACUGCUUUUGAUAUCGAUAAAAAUUACAGGAUUUUUGUUCUGGUAUUUAAAGAUUUUUGUCACAAAAUGUCAUUUUAAACACAAAUUAUUUUAAUUUGACAUAUUGUUAACACAGUUAACAUAAUUAUAUGAAUUAUUAACCCUCUUUUGGCACUGGCCCCCCACAUGUUAGGCUUAUUUUCAGGAUUUUAGAUUUUUGCCACUUGACACCCCUGAAGGUCAUUGGUCAUGUGAAGGUCAAUGUUCAUUUCAGUCAGAUGAACAUCCUUAGGAGGGAUGAGUUGAUUAAAAAAAACUCUGUCUCUUAUUACCACGCUGUAAUACAGUUGUGUGAUUACAUAUAUACAUUACAACUGAAUCACAUUCAUUACUGAAUUAUUUUGUUUAGAAAAAAAAUGAAAAUAAGCAAAUAAAACGAAAAUAACAAAAACAUUAUUGUGUUGUGCUUUGAAACUGCCAUAUAUAUUGUGCUUGUUUGUGGGUGCAAACUAUUUGUUGAAUGUGUUCAUUUCCAUGGUUGAAAUUAUAUCCAGUAAUCUCAGUAAAAGAACAGGAAGGAAUCAGGAUUUUGGCUUCAACACAUUCUUAGGAAAUACGUUGUUAUAUAAUUUGUAUCUAUUUAGCGGAAGAAGUGUUGCUCUCAGCUUGUUAAAGUCAUGUUGAAUUUCUUUUUAAUUCUUUAUAGGUUAAGUUUUUGUGUGUUUUUAAUGCUUUCACACAUGCUAACAUUUGUUUAGUAUGCCCCCCUUGAAGAAGAGGGGGUAUAUUGUGUUGCUGGAUGUCUGUCUGUCUGUAGACUAGUUUGUUUCCAAUCAAUAACUUGUCAAAAAAUUGACCUUUUUGAAACUUCACAUGUGCAUUUGUUUUUGACCACUGUUGAAAUUGGGGGUCACUAGGUCAAAGGUCAAGGUAACUGUCACAAUAAGUAUGAAAAUCGCUUCCGAUCAAUACCUUAUCAACGAAUUGACCACACGACUUGAUACUUCAAAUGUGCACUGGCUUUGGACUGUAGAUGACCCCUAUUAAAAUUUGGGUCACUAAGUCAAAGAUCAAGGUCACUGUAACAAUCAGUGUUAAAAUCGUUUGCAAUCAAUCAACAAAUUUACUGAUUGGCUUGAUACUUCACAAAUCACAUGUGCAUUGGCCUUCGACACUAGAUGACCCCUAUUGAAAUUAUGGUAACUAGGUCAAAGGUCACUGUCACAAUAAGUGUGAAAAUUGUUUCUGAAUCAAUAGCUCGUCAACCAAUUGACCGAUCGGUUUGAUACUUACCAUGAGUAUAAGCUUUGGACAGUAGAUAACCCCUAAUUAAAUUGGGGUCAUUAGGUCAAGGUCACCAUCACAAUAAGUAUGAACAUCGUUUCGGAUCAAUAACUCAUCAACAAAUUAUUGAUUGGCUUGUUACUUAUCUUGUGCAUUGACCUAGGACAGUAGAUAACCCCUAUUGGAAUUGGGGUCACUUAGUCAAAGGUAAAGGUCACUGUCACAGUUAGUGCGAAAAUUAUUUUUGAUCAAUAGCUUGUCAACCAAUUUAUCAAUUGACUUGAUACUUUCCAUGUGCAUUGGCCUUGGACAGUCGAUGACCCCAAAUGAAAUUUUAGUCACUAGGUCAAAGUCAUGGUCACUGUCACAAUAAGUUUGGAAAUCGUUUCCGAUCAAUAACUCGUCAAAGCAUUGACCGAUUGGCUUGCUACUUCACGUGUGCAUUGGCCUUGGACUGAAGAUGACCCCAAAUGAAAUUCCGGUCACUAGGUCAAAGUAUUGGCCUUGGACAGAAGAUGACCCCUAUUGAAAUUGGGGUCACUAGUUCAAAGCCCUGUUUGAGGAGGGCACAUGUCUCAGAUCGUGGAACUCUUGUUAAUAAAUAGGGUAUGUAUGUAUAUUUUUUGAAAUUAUAAGUUAAUCUUUUGUUUAAUGCAAAAACAAUUUUGCAUUUCAUAAUAUCUGAGAUUAGUUGGGUAAAUAUGGGUCUUGUUAAAUAUAUUUCUGCAAGUUUUAGAAACUUCAAUUGCUUACUUAUACAAUGAAAAUCUUGUUUUGCA